AUAUUCUCUCUCAAGCAUCGCUUUGAUUCUAUUUUUGAAAUGCAAGAAUCUCUUUGAAGUGAUUUGGAAUCUUCCUCCCAAAAAAAUUAUUCUAGGAGUUUCAUAUUUCAGGCUGAUUCAUCUUAUUUAUAUAUAAACAAAUUAUAUAUAGCUAAGAUGGAUCAAAUGUCACCUGAUAACAUAAAUGGAGUCAUUUUAGCAGUGUCUUCAAGUAUUUUUAUUGGUUCUAGCUUCAUCAUCAAGAAAAAAGGUCUCAAGAAAGCCGGUGCUAGCGGUGUCCGAGCAGGUGAAGGAGGGUAUGGAUAUUUAAAGGAACCAUGGUGGUGGGCUGGAAUGAUAACAAUGAUUGUUGGGGAAGUAGCUAAUUUUGCGGCCUAUGCAUUUGCACCGGCUAUUCUUGUUACACCUUUGGGAGCUUUAAGUAUCAUAUUCAGCGCAGUGCUCGCGCAUUUUAUUUUGCAAGAGAAACUGCAUAUGUUUGGGAUACUCGGUUGCAUUCUUUGUGUUGUUGGGUCUACAACUAUAGUCUUACACGCCCCGCAUGAACAGAAAAUAGAAUCAGUCAAGCAAAUAUGGCAGCUUGCUAUUGAACCAGGUUUCCUUGUGUAUUCUGCUGUGAUUGUGGUUGUGGUGGCUAUACUGAUCUUUUACUAUGAACCGCGCUACGGGAAGACUCAUAUGAUAGUAUAUGUCGGAAUCUGUUCCUUAAUGGGUUCUCUUACUGUUAUGAGUGUCAAAGCUGUGGCGAUUGCGAUUAAACUGACAUUUUCGGGGACGAAUCAGUUCAAAUACUUCAACACUUGGAUUUUCAUUUUAGUAGUUGCAACUUGUUGCCUUUUGCAAAUCAACUACUUGAACAAGGCAUUGGAUACAUUCAACACAGCGGUUAUAUCUCCGGUUUACUACGUUAUGUUCACAACUUUCACAAUCAUAGCUAGUAUGAUCAUGUUCAAGGAUUGGGCUUCUCAGAGUGGAUUGAAGAUUGCAACACAGUUGUGUGGGUUUGUGACGAUUUUGUCAGGAACAUUUCUGCUUCACAAGACCAAAGAUAUGGGAAACAGUGUAGGUGGAAGUGGUCGUGGUUCUGUCUCAAUGCCUACUAGAGACACUCCUGUCUUCACUAAUUCAGGAUCUGGUCGGAGCUCCAGCUCUGAUAAAGUAGCUUCCUGAUCUAACGGCCCAAAUUACUUCCUCUUAGGAACCUUUUUUUGGUUUGUUUCCCACAUGAGAAUGUAAUUUUACGAUUAAAGAGAAUUAAGAAAACAAGAUUUUUUUC